GCGUCGUCGUGAGAGGAGUGAAGGCGGCAAAAUGGCGGACCGCUUCUCCCGCUUCAACGAGGACCGAGACUUUCAGGGUAAUCACUUUGAUCAGUAUGAAGAAGGACAUUUGGAAAUUGAACAAGCAUCACUUGACAAGCCUAUAGAAUCGCCCAGUUUUUAAAGCCAGGAUAAUAUUGGACAUCGCUUACUCCAGAAACAUGGGUGGAAGCUGGGCCAGGGAUUGGGAAAAUCUCUUCAGGGGAGAACAGAUCCCAUUCCAAUCGUUGUCAAGUAUGAUGUCAUGGGCAUGGGUCGCAUGGAAAUGGAGCUUGAUUAUGCCGAAGAUGCUACCGAACGGCGCCGUGUCCUAGAAGUAGAAAAAGAAGACACAGAAGAACUGAGACAGAAGUACAAGGAUUAUGUUGAUAAAGAGAAGGCAAUUGCCAAAGCGUUGGAAGACCUCAGAGCCAACUUUUACUGUGAACUCUGUGAUAAGCAAUAUCAGAAACAUCAGGAAUUUGACAACCAUAUCAACUCCUAUGAUCAUGCACACAAGCAGAGAUUGAAAGAUCUCAAGCAGAGAGAGUUUGCUCGAAAUGUCUCUUCAAGAUCCCGCAAAGAUGAGAAGAAGCAGGAGAAAGCCCUGCGGCGGCUCCACGAGUUGGCAGAGCAAAGAAAACAAGCUGAAUGUGCACCUGGAAGUGGUCCCAUGUUCAGACCAACCACAGUGGCUGUAGAUGAAGAAGGUGGAGAUGAUGAUAAAGAAGAAUCAGCGACAAACAGUGGCACAAGUGCCACUGCCACUUGUGGCCUGGGAUCUGAAUUCUCCACAGAUAAAGGAGGCCCUUUCACUGCAGUACAAAUCACUAAUACCACUGGACUGGCACAGUCUCCUGGGCUAGCCUCUCAAGGCGUCAGCUUUGGCAUUAAGAAUAAUCUGGGGACCCCACUGCAAAAACUGGGAGUGUCAUUUUCCUUUGCCAAGAAGGCUCCUGUCAAACUCGAAUCAAUAGCAUCAGUUUUCAAGGACCAUGCAGAGGAAGGGACCUCUGAAGAUGGAACAAAAGCUGAUGAGAAGAGUACAGACCAAGGACUGCAGAAGGUGGGAGACUCCGAUGGUAGCAGUAAUCUCGAUGGUAAAAAAGAGGAUGAAGACCCUCAGGACGGAGGGUCCCUUGCCUCAACAUUAUCUAAGUUAAAAAGAAUGAAGCGAGAAGAAGGAGCUGGGGCUACAGAGCCAGAGUAUUACCACUACAUUCCCCCAGCACACUGCAAAGUAAAACCUAAUUUUCCUUUCCUACUCUUUAUGAGAGCCAGUGAACAAAUGGAAGGUGAUAAUAGUACACACCCAAAGAAUGCCCUAGACAGCAAAAAAAGUAGUUCUCCCAAGCCUAAAGGCUGUAUCAAGGUGGCAGCAAGCCAAGCAGCAGAAAAGACAGUUGGUGAAGUCUCUGAACAGCAGAUGGAAACCACUGUGGCUGAGCCCUCAGAGCCUGAAAGCAAAGCUGAGACAAAGAAGGCCUCAGGAGGGGAUGUAAGUGAGCAUAGUUUAGAGAGUCAGAGUCAGAAGGAUUCAGAGAUCCAAAUGUGUGAGUCUAGUCCUCCUAAAGAAAUCUCUCAGGCCACUCCAGCAGGGAAAGAAAGCCAAGAGGGACCCAGACAUCCUACUGGUCCCUUCUUUCCAGUUUUAAGCAAAGAUGAAAGCACUGCCCUCCAGUGGCCAUCAGAACUAUUAAUUUUCACGAAGGCAGAACCCUCCAUUUCUUACAGUUGUAAUCCUUUGUACUUUGACUUCAAGCUUUCAAGGAACAAAGAUGCCAGAGCUAAAGGGACAGAAAAACCAAAGGAUAUAGGAGGCUCCUCAAAGGACCAUCUCCAAAGCCUUGAUCCUAGUGAGCCAAAUAAAAGCAAAGAGGAGGGAGAGAAUGUAGAACAUUCUUCAGGAGGCAGAAUAGACGCACCUGCUUCAGGGUCUGCCUGUAGUGGCCUGAAUAAGCAGGAGCCUGGGGGUAGCCAUGGGUCAGAGACAGAAGACACAGGGAGAAGCCUUCCUAGCAAGAAAGAACGAUCUGGGAAGUCCCACCGACACAAAAAGAAGAAGAAACACAAAAAAUCCAGCAAACACAAACGGAAACACAAGCCUGACCCAGAAGAGAAAAGCUCUAAGGCAGAGUCUGGGGAGAAGUCUAAGAAGCGCAAGAAGCGAAAACGAAAGAAGAAUAAGUCAUCAGCCCCAGCAGAUUCUGAACGGGGGCCCAAACCAGAACCGCCUGGUAGUGGUAGCCCUGCACCACCAAGAAGACGGCGGCGAGCCCAAGAUGAUUCCCAGCGGAGAUCCAUUCCAGCUGAAGAAGGGAGCAGUGGCAAGAAGGAUGAAGGUGGAGGUGGUGGCAGCUCCCAAGAUCAUGGUGGGAGGAAACACAAAGGUGAACCUCCAACUUCAUCCUGCCAGCAAAGAGCUAGCAGCAAACGGAGCAGCCGAUCUAGCCAUCGAAGUCGACCCAGUAGUGGAGAUGAGGAUAGUGAUGAUGCUUCAUCACGCCGGCUGCACCAGAAGUCUCCAUCCCAGUACAGUGAGGAGGAGGAGGAGGAAGAGGAGGAAGAAGAGUCGGGCAGUGAGCAGUCCCGUAGCCGCUCACGGUCUGGCCGGCACCAUUCCUCUCGCCGUUCCUCCCGGCGUUCUUACUCAAGUAGCUCAGAUGCUUCUUCAGACCAGAGCUGCUAUAGUAGACAACACAGUUACUCUGAUGACAGCUAUAGUGAUUAUAGUGACCGAUCACGAAGGCACUCCAAGCGCUCCCACGACUCUGAUGACUCAGACUAUACCAGUUCCAAGCACCGGUCCAAGCGGCACAAAUAUUCAUCUUCUGAUGACGACUAUAGCCUCAGUUGCAGCCAGUCCCGAAGCCGAUCUCGGAGUCAUACUAGGGAGCGCUCAAGAUCCCGGGGCCGCAGCCGCAGCAGCAGUUGUAGUCGCAGCCGGAGCAAACGGAGAAGCCGCAGCACCACAGCCCACAGCUGGCAGCGGAGUCGGAGCUAUAGCCGGGACCGCAGCUGCAGCACCCGGAGCCCUUCGCAGAGAUCAGGCUCCAGGAAGGGAUCGUGGGGUCACGAGAGCCCUGAGGAGAGGCGUUCUGGUCGUCGAGACUUCAUUCGCUCUAAAAUCUACCGCUCCCAGUCUCCCCACUAUUUCCGAUCAGGCCGGGCAGAAGGUUCCGGGGAGAAGAAGAAAGAAGAUGGCAGAGGAGAUGAUGGUAAAGGGAUAGGCCCACCCUCCCAGAACAGCCACACUGGCCCAGGAGGAGGGCCAGAAGGUGACGGCAGCCCUGAAGACAAGAACUCUGUCACUGCCAAACUGCUACUGGAGAAGAUCCAGUCAAGGAAAGUGGAGAGGAAACCCAGUGUGAGUGAGGAGGUGCUGGCCACCCCUGCUAAAGCCGGGCUCAAGCUCAAGGACCCUCCACAAGGUUAUUUUGGGCCCAAGCUCCCCCCUUCUCUUGGCAAUAAGCCUGUCCUUCCACUGAUAGGGAAGCUCCCAGCUACCCGAAAGCCCAACACCAAGAAAUGUGAAGAGUCUGGCUUAGAAAGGGGGGAAGAGCAAGAGCAGUCAGAGACAGAAGAAGGGCCUCCAGGGAAUCGUGAUGCCCCAUUUGGACAUCAGUUCUCCUCAGAGGAAACAGCUGGCCCCUUAUCAGACCCACCCCCAGAAGAGCCAAAGUCUGAAGAAGUUACUGCUGAUCACCCUGUGGCUCCGUUAGGCACCCCAGUGCACUCUGACUGCUAUCCUGGUGACCCAUCCAUCUCCCAUAACUACCUCCCUGACCCCAGUGAUGGGGACACCCUCGAGUCCCUGGAUAGUGGCAGUCAACCAGGCCCUGUGGAAUCCAGCUUGCUGCCUAUAGCGUCAGACCUUGAGCACUUCCCCAGUUAUGCACCUCCCAGUGGGGAGCCUAGUAUUGAGUCAGCUGAUGGGGUUGAGGAUGCUUCCCUAGCCCCACUGGAAAGCCAGCCCAUCACCUUCACUCCCGAGGAGAUGGAGAAGUACAGCAAGCUCCAGCAGGCCGCACAGCAACACAUCCAGCAGCAGCUUCUGGCCAAGCAAGUAAAGGCCUUUCCCGCCUCGGCUGCCCUGGCCCCAGCCACUCCAGCCUUGCAGCCCAUCCACAUUCAGCAGCCGGCCACAGCCUCUGCCACCUCCAUCACAACUGUUCAGCAUGCCAUCCUGCAACAUCAUGCCGCAGCAGCUGCUGCUGCCAUUGGCAUUCACCCCCACCCUCAUCCCCAGCCACUUGCCCAAGUACAUCAUAUUCCCCAGCCCCACCUGACCCCCAUUUCCUUGUCCCACCUCACUCACUCAAUCAUCCCUGGCCAUCCUGCCACCUUUCUAGCUAGCCAUCCCAUCCAUAUCAUUCCCGCUUCAGCCAUCCAUCCUGGGCCCUUUACCUUCCACCCUGUUCCACAUGCUGCCCUCUACCCUACCCUGCUUGCCCCCCGGCCUGCUGCGGCAGCUGCCACUGCCCUCCACCUUCACCCACUACUUCACCCCAUCUUCUCAGGUCAGGACCUGCAGCACCCCCCCAGCCAUGGAACAUGAGUUGGGGGAUAGGAGCCCAGGUAGGGCCAGGGAAGGUGACCCAUAAAUCUUCCCUUGGGGUGUUGAGCCAUUAAUACCAGCAAGUAGAAGCUGGAAUGGGCAGUGUCUGACAGCCAAAGAGUUGAGUUUUGGCUUGCAGGGGUGG